GUGAAACUUCAAUCAUUUCAGUCUAUAUGGCAGUCGACGCAGGUUUAGAGGAUGUUAAUCAGACCACAGUCUAUAUCCCAUUCAAUGACUCUGACGAUGUGAACACCGAUGCAGCGCCGCCGUCCCUAUUCCCCGAGCGAGAUUUUCACCAAGGAUGUCAGCUUCGCUUUCAAGCAUGCAGAGCAGCCUGGGGCAAGUGUUUGAAGAGGAUGCAUGAACUCAUUCACUCACUGCAUGCGCCGGUCGUGGAGAGUGUUGUCGAACAAGUUAAGAAGUCUUAUACAGAUGAGCUUCCGGGACUACCGUACCCCGAGCUACCAGUCGUAUCCGUCACAUCAUCCAGCACGUCAUCUUCUCUCUUCGACGAGAUUUCCUUCCGACUAGAGGAAAACACAGACGAGCUUUUCGAGGACAUAAAUGAUCAUUUCGUGACACACGUCUUUCCGAGCGAUUGCGUGACUAUUACAGGAACUAUGAAGACGAUUGUAUCAGGUUUUGUAUCCCGGUCGCCUACUGGAGGACAAGACAUAAAACGCAAGCCAUCCACCUCCCUAGCAGCAUAUGAUAUCGCUCUCCUUGAGGCAUGGUAUCGAGUCGUAUGUGAUGCGAGAGACGAACGUUAUCACAGGUCACGUCUGGUAGUUAUAAUGCAUGACUUCGAACAACUAGAGCCUCAGGUGGUUCAAGAUAUGUUUGAAAUUUGCAGCUCCUAUAUUCCGCGCUUACCACUGGUAUUUAUCCUCGCGCUGGCUUCACCCCCUUCCCCGUCUUAUAUCCGUGCCACAUAUCCUCACUCUAUGCUGGCAUUGCUGCGAGUGAGAGACUGCCCUUUCCCGCUAGCAGAAAAAUCACUGCACGACAUUUUACUAGAGACAUUUUUUGAUCCUACGUUCGAGCCAGACAUUAUGAUUGGCCCGACAGCCAUCGACUUCGCAGUCGAUUUUUUUGCUCGUCAUAGCUCAUCACUUGACGGUUUAUUGUCCAUCCUUCAACUAGCACACAUGAAACAUUUUGAAGAGCCUCUCAGCGUCCUCGCCCCUACUCAUGCGCUAGAACGGUCCAACGAUGCUGCCAAAUUACUCCUCACACCUGAUGCUUUCCCCUUCCUCGAUGCCCUCUUUGCUCGGGUGCAGGAAUCGACGCUCAUUGCGCCUGUAGAACAUGCUACCAGUUGGCGAAGUGCCACUGUCGAUUCACUCCUAUCUUCAGUAGAGACUGCACGCGAUACUUUCCGAAUGCGCGCGAAGCUGCUCCGUGUAGCAUUUCGGCUUUUGCUCCUUGUCCGCCAACUUAUGCUGGUGCAUGGGCAUAAGACCGUUCAGGGUGACCAAACGGUGCCCGAUUUGAUGUGCUUGGCGUUGCGAGGACGUCUGGGCAGUGUACACGGACAUUUGUGUUCUGUGGUUAGGAAACUGACCGCAGCGCAACUUGAAGACUUUGUGCGGGUAGUACACGAUUUCUUCGGGGAUGUUCCCGAGGACGUAAAAACGGAGGAAAACGAAGUCAUUUCGCGCGUGGAAACAGCAUAUAAGAUGCUCUGUCGGGAUGCAAGCGCCCAGGAGAUAUCUGGACCGCUCGGGAACUGGCUGUCAGAGUAUUUCAAGUUACGCAUAGUUGCGCUGGAAGAUGCCCCGUUAUGGGACAUCUGGUACACCGGCUCGACGCCAUUUCCGUCCGAGCUGAUCAAUCCAUCGCCUCGCGCCUCCAUCAUCGCAGGAUUGAUCCAUCCCCGGGACUACAUGUCUCCCAGACAACGGAGUGGGGAUGACGAGGAUGAUGACUUGCCCGACAUCAGUAUCCUAUUCAAGGGCUACCUGGAAAGCGCGAAGAUGAUCAAUGUCUAUGAUUGGUUUGAGUCAUUCGUGGUCUUCUUGGAAGCUCGGAAGCGGCGUGUUGGGAAAACUCGUAUUCCUGAUGGUGCGAAUGGAAUCUCUAGGACGCCAUCGAGGAAGAAGGGAAAACAGAAGCAGGUUGAGGUCGAGGUCGUUGAUGAGGACGCGGGAGAAGAUGAGGAAUGGCUCAUGGAAGUACAAGCGCGGUUCAUCCGCGCUCUUCAAGAGCUAGAUUACCUCGGAUUCAUCAAGCAUACUGGGAGAAAAGCAGACCAUGUCAUGCGGACUGUUUUCGACUCUCCGGAAUGAUCAAGUGGGUACUGUUGUUUACUCUGAUCCCCGACACCCACUUUAGUACUACUGUGGGAGAGGGUUCUGUAGAAAAUAAAUGACAAUGCCGUCUGUCAUUUCAUGCGUGGAAAUAACUUGGCUUACUGGCUGCCGUAUCCGAUGCCAUCAUCCUUGAAGCUUGAAUCGUUAUUAUUAAAUGUGAAACUCACGGUGAAAGUGGUAUCACUGGCAUGUAGUUGAGC